GAGGGCGCUGGAGGAAGAGCCGCCGCCUCCGGAGGCCGUCUGUCUGUCAGUCUGUCUGUCUGGCACCCAGCGCCACGCCCGCCUUGCUGGAGGGAAACCUGACACUUCCAGACACUCCCUUGCAUCGGGCGGGGGGGGGGGGGCGGCCGGGCAACCAGGAAAUGCAGGCAGUGAAGCGCCCGUCGUCUCCAGCGAGGGGAGAGCCGCCUGCUGCCGCCGCCGCCGCCGCUCCGCGGAGGAAGAAGCGCCAUGGGCAACCGGCAGGGUUGCUGCAGGAGAGGCUGGAACUGGCCAUCGCCAUUUAAGAGGAAAAACGUAAAGACAGGUACAAGAAUCAGUAAGCCAAAUUCACAGAACCCAGAGAGCAAGCAGGGAUUUGAUGCUGCUCCAGUUUACGAUGACGUGUCGGAAUUCCCCGUCUACGCCACGGUGAACAAGCCCAAGAACGCGAAGCGCGAUGACAGCAACGUGCAUUAUGCAGACAUCCAGGUCUUCAGCAAAAUCCGGGAGCGCUCGGCUGAAGAGGUGAAGACCCUGCAUUCCCAGAAUGCCACGGAGUACGCCACCCUCAACUUUCCCAGGGCUGCGCCGAAAUAUGACAGUAAGAACGGGACGCUGGUGUAAGAGCAGGAAACCCGCUUGGCAGUCUGGCAACGGAAGUCUUUCCUUGAUGGAGGCGUUGUGGAUUCCACACCCAAGAUCCAGCCUGCGAACUCCUAAGAGGGCCUUCUUCCCCUUUUGACUGUGUUUGGGGACGUUGUUGCAGUGAGAGCAGAGCAUUUCUUCUGGGUGCGCCAAGGCAAUUACUCUUUGGGACAAAAUGCCCAGGGGAGGUUUCUCUUGGAUCCUCUUUUACAAGGUGGACACCCCACACACACCUGGGCGGCAGAACCAUGUUAUGAGGCAGAAGCACCUGGAAAUUUGGGUUGAAGAACGCAGAUGUUGAUGAGACUUUGGUUCUUCCAGGUCAAUAUUUGCUGGAUUUCACUACCAGAGUCACAAUAUUCACUACGGAACUGAAGUCAGACUGUGCUGUCAAGGAAGCAGGAUGACAGCACAGGAAAGUUUUAAAAUAAGCUUUUACUUUUUAAAGGGCAGUAGCAGGAACAGGUAUAAUCUCAGAUGUGAAUCUGCAGCCGGAGUAGUAAAUAAACAGAUGAAUUAUUUGUUUCUACAAGCUGAA